AUGACAGCGAAAGCGAGGAAGGUGACAUUGGCGAGUGGUCUCCAAGUGACGGGAGUAUGUCCAUCAGUAUCACAGUUCAACUCCUAUUUCAACAACAGCUACAAAAUUUGGAGAAAUGCAGCGAUGCCACGUCCUGGCGCUUCCAAUUCUGCUUAUAUUCACAUCAAACCUUUCCUGGAUUUAUUGGAUAAUGUUCCUUCAUUCUUCCAUGAACCCCCAAAGGAUAUCCGGAUACUCAGUGGACGCAAAGGUCCGCUGGCUCUACGUUCAUCUUUUCAGCUCCAAACAGUGGACGAUUUGGAAACGGACUGCCUUGAACGCUCGAAGGCUUUUGACUACUUUCAGGUUCUUGCUGCUCACUCACCCACGAUUUACAAAAUUACCACAGAGGCUUUGCCAUGUGAAAGACUUCCAUCAUUUAACCUCAACUUUGGUUAUUUGAGUAGCAUUAUUCUGGCCUGGUCGUAUAUCAUCUCUGCUCGCUGGGUCGAGAUACUGAAGCGAGCUGGCUGGAACAGUUCGAUGCUACAUUCUCACGACGCGCAGACAACUGACUCCUUUUGGAACAUGAUUAUUCAAGGUCAUUGGGUUACUAAGUGUCAUUGGGUUUCCAAGCAUGCUAAGGAGAAAACAUUUUACUCACCUUGGAUGAUGUCUGAGCGAUCAAAGGAACAUAUCAAAUGGUAUGUCAUACUUCAGUACUGA